UCUUGCCAUGCUAUGUUCACCUGCAUCGUCUGCAACUCAAUCCUCACUCUUCCCAUCACCUUGCGAUGCGGCCACUCUAUAUGUGCUGCACAUGCCCCGCCCGCCUGCCCCGACCCCGCCUGCACUCCCGACACCGAGCUCAUCGUUCACCACGAUGUCACUCUCACAAAGCUUAUCACCAUCUUUCACGACGACGAUGAUAGUCGUCACGUACCACCACACUCUCUGCCCGACAAACACAACCACGACGACGACGAGAACGAUUUGCUGACACACCUCAAAACAGAGAGCGCGCGCCAGAAGGUGACCAGGCCAUCUAGUCCUCUCCUGCGCCCAUCGCACGAGUUUCCCUCAGGCAUGACUUUACGCCAAAAACGACUGCUCACAGAACUCACUUGCGAGAUAUGCUAUAUGCUACUCUACGAUCCAGUCACAACUCCCUGUCAACAUACAUUCUGUGCCAAAUGUCUCCACCGCUCACUUGAUCACUCCUCUGUCUGUCCACUUUGUCGCGCUGCGCUGCCGCCGUUCUCCUUCUUCCAGUUUCAUCCACCAAAUUACAUUAUCCUACGUGUUAUUACUACUUUUUUUGACGCUGAAUACAACGCUCGAGCUGCCGCUAUACUCCAAGCGGAACGUGACGCCCGCCUCGACACCCCCAUCUUUGUAUGCCAGCUUUGCUUCCCAGGCAUGCCUACUUUCCUCCACUUCUUUGAGCCUCGCUAUCGCCUCAUGCUCCGCCGCUGUCUAGAGUCACCUCACCGUAGUUUCGGUAUGGUAAUGUCCCCACGGCCUGGCGCGCAGAUUGACUAUGGUACCAUGCUUGAAAUAAAGAACAUACAGAUGCUCCCGGACGGACGGAGCAUGGUCGAAACUUGGGGUUCGUGGCGCUUCAGGAUCAUAGAAAGGGGGUCUCUUGACGGAUAUAUGGUCGCUAGAAUAGAGAGGUACAAUUUCACCCCAACAUCUAUCUCCAUAUCCUCUUCACCAACCUCUCUCCUCAUCUCGCACUGUCUGUCAUUUCUGACCCAUCUACACAAUCAUUCGACUCCUUGGGUCGUGCAACGUCUGUCAACUUCUUAUGGGCCACCGCCCUCUCUUUCUACCGCUCUAGCCCGUCCGGGGCCAUUUACCUUCUACGUCGCCAUCGUGCUCCCGAUUGAUGAAAGCGAAAAAGCAAAGCUGCUUCCGAUCAGGAGCGUGCGCAUGCGGCUGAGACUCUGUGUAUGGUGGAUCGAAGGCCUCAGGAGAGAGUGGUGGUUUGACCGGGGAUGUGUAAUACUGUAG